AGGGCGGGGCUAAAAGUCCGGCGGGUAAGAAGUCCCAACAUACGUAUCUCAUUAUAGAAGCACACUAGAAACAAAAGAUCUACGUGAUUUGGAGCGGGGUGAGGGGCGAGUACAAAGCCGAGAGUCGCCAGUCGUAACGAAACGCACAUGCGAGUAACACGAUUAACGAAAUUUUUUGGCACUCAAAAGUGAAAAAAUAUUUUGUUUUUGUUUUUUUUCCUACAUCGGCAUUGAAAUUUAAUAAAUUAUUAAGAAUGCGUCAUUACAAGAAAAAGACAGAUAGAGGGACUAUGUCACUAGAUAUAAUGAAGAGGGCUGCAAAUGAGGUAAUUAAUGGUGAGAAAAAACUGUGUCAAGCUGCAAGAGACCACAAUAUCUGUAGGAAUUCCCUUAAAAGGUUUAUUGCGCGAUACAAUAAGGAACCAAAUAAUGUAACUUUUGGAUACCUUCCUACACGUAAAAUUUUUACUGCAGAUCAAGAGAAGAGUUUAAGCGAUUAUCUGCUUAUGGUUGCUCAAAUGUUUUAUGGCCUGGGUCCUAAAGAUGUACGUCGCUUAGCAUAUGAUUGUGCUAUUAAAUUUGCAAUUACUGUACCUGAUUCUUGGCAGAAAAAUAAAAUGGCAGGAAAAGACUGGAUGACAGCUUUUUUAAAAAGGAACCGAUCUUUAUCUAUUCGAAAACCCGAGGCUACAAGUCUCAGUAGAGCGACUUCCUUCAAUCGUUCAAAUGUUCAUGAUUUUUUUAAUAAGCUGGCUCAAGUAAUGGAUAAGUAUACAUUUACAGCUUCUUCUGUUUGGAAUAUAGAUGAAACUGGAGUUUCGACUGUGUUAAAGCCUUCAAAAAUUGUUGCUGCGAAAGGAAAACGCAACGUUGGCUCUGUUACAUCUGGAGAAAGGGGCACUAAUGUCACCGUUAUAGUAGCAAUCUCGGCUACAGGUUCUCAUAUCCCUCCGAUGUUUAUUUUUCCGAGGAAAAAUUAUCACGAUCACUUCGUUCGUGAUGGUCCACCGGACUGUAUUGGAAAGGCAAAUCCAAGUGGGUGGGUUACAGACGAGGAAUAUUACUGUUUUAUUCAGCAUUUUAUCCGCCAUGUAAGGCCUUCAAAAGAUACUCCGAUUCUUCUCCUACUUGAUAACCAUUCAUCACAUUUAUGUGUCAAGACCCUUGAUUUGGCCAAACAAAACGGGAUAGUUAUGCUAUCUUUCCCUCCCCACUGUACACACAAAUUACAGCCUCUUGAUGUGUCUGUAUUUGGUUCAUUCAAGAUUCAUUUGUCUAGAGCUCAGGAUUCAUGGAUGAGAAAUAAUGCAGGAAAAACUAUGACAAUAUACGAUAUCCCAUCGCUGGUUCGUACAGCAUUACCAAUCGCUCUCUCGCCAGUUAACAUUAUCAAGGGAUUUAAGGCGUCCGGUAUAAUUCCAUUUAAUCGCGAUAUAUUUACAGAUGCAGACUAUGCGCCAAGCAAUGUAACAGAUCGUAUCAGUGCUUUUGAUAACACCGAAAAUAUACCACCAGUAAAUGUAAUAACUGACCCUGAGCAAACUCAAAUAAAUCAAUCAAAUAUUAUGCAACAAUCAAGAGAGAUAUCUCCCCAACCUUGCACAUCAAAAGAAGUAUUUUCCCCUGAAUCCGUUCUACCUGUGCCCAAAGCAGGACUUCGAAAAACCUCAAAUACCAGAAAACGACGCAAAGCAACAAUAUUAACAGACUCUCCAGAAAAAAAUGAGUUAGCAAAAGAACAAGAGAAGUCUAAAAAAAGAAAAACAAGUCAGGAGAGCAAUGGAUCCAAUGCACAAUCUGCAAAGAUUGGGCACAUGAACGAUGUAACAUCGCCGGGUAGUGUGGAGCCCCGCGACCGCCGCGCCGCGCCGCGGCCGACUCCCGUCCUAUUGAUGUGCAAUUGCGCACACACUGCGCUGGGCACCCACUGCUUGCUUAAUAUGGACUCCGCUUCAAUAUCUAGUAAAAAGAAAAUAAAUAAUUACCCUACCACAUAA